AUGGACCCCCAUCAGCAACACCAAUACGUUGAUCAGCAGCAGCAGAACCAAUACGGCGGCCAGCAGCAGCAAGCCAUUCAGCCAGACUACGCCCAGGGAGCCAAUGUCAACAACCAGGAAUGGCAAUCCGGUAUCUGCAGCUGUGGGCCAUGCGAGUCCUGUCUACUUGGCACCUUUCUGCCAUGCAUGCUCCUUGGUAGAACCUCGGAGCGCAUGCGCGACCCCACCAUGCAAACCUACGAGACAGUCAACACCGACUGCUUGCUCAUGUGCGGCAUCAGCUACUUCACCGGCUGCGGAUGGAUCUACACCAUGAUGAAGCGUGGCGAAAUCCGCGAGCGCUUCGGCAUCAAGGGCUCCGGCUUCUCAGACUGUUGCACCAGUUACUGGUGCGGAUGCUGCGCUCUCAUCCAGCAGGACAAGGAGGUCCAGGCCCGUUUGUCUACCGGCCCCAUCGCUCAGGGGUACCAGCCCGAGAAGGGCAUGCAGAUGCCGCAGCAGUAG